GGAAAAACAACGAUCUAUUCUAUCAAACGUAUCGAUGAAAGACAGUUACCGUCUAGCGUUCAAACAUGUGCAACGUACUCCAGUGGCUACAUUUUAUCCUGCCCUUGUUGGUGGUACCGUUUGCCGCCAGCGAGAACACAACCGGUCACGAUGGCCCGCUGCAAGAGGAGGGACGUCUGCUGAUCCGUGGCAAACCUGUGCUAGUGUAUCCGGCAACGGCGCCCACCCGUCACCAGCUGAUCGGUGGUAUCGGUGUGCCUGUGCAAGGAAUUCCUCACUCGGUCGUGUUUGGCUGGGUGUUGAAGGCACAGUACUAUCUACCGAGCGUGCCAGGGAACUAUGAGCCGAUCAAUCUCGAGAACUGGAACGAAAGCCGGCGUGCGUUUCCCGAUCGUACACGCCGAUCGAUCGAACGCUAUGAGGUGGAUAAUGUACGCAUUCGGGUGGAACCACUGCCGUUGAAAGAUGUUACGAGCAAUGCGGCGCAUGGCGACGAUGAUUACUACGACGAAGAGUUACAGGACGAGUUCAGCGAUCAUGAACAAGUAGUGCCUGGGGAGGGGCAGAUGAAUUCUGAUGAUGGAGAGCCUAAGGAUUCUCCGGGCGAGGCGGAAACGAACGCACAUCCGGAAGAUUAUAAUGUGCCCAACGGGAGAUGGAUGGUGUAUAAGGCGAUGGAAGGUCUUAGCACUGGAUAUGGUUAUGGCGGUAGGGCCUGUGUGUUGCGGAGCAUUUGUGAAGCGGCUGAUGUGCAAUUUACCCACACCGGAGGAGUGUUUGCGGAGCUGCUACACAUCAUGUUUAGUCCCUCUACGACAAAAGAACCAAUCUCGGAGCACCGGGACAAUGAGUACUUUCGGGCAGAACAGUUAGGCCGAGCCGGAGCACCCUGUUCUAAGCUAUUCCACGAAUGUUCCAUUUCCCUGCUAGACAUGUUCUCCGGUGUGCAUGAUCUUCACCCAGCAGCAUCAUCAUCGUUCGAGCCCAAAUAACAUCACUCCCAUCAGUAACUUUCACUUCCAGUACAGUUCUGCCUGCCGUACUACGGUACAUGAGAAAGUCUCAGCCUCGAUGUGACACCGUUUACACAACACAAGUGACCAAUAAAGUAAUAUAAAUAGCUACGUAUUCAUAUCGCACUUCUUUUACUUCGGCUUUGCCACCAUUCUAAUGCAAAAGAGGUCAUGCA